CGUCGUAUUACAUUAAUGUCAAUGUGAAUAUUUAUCUCAUUUCUAUGGCCGCGGCCACUGCCGCCACUGUUUGUUUAUUUGAUUUUCAAGUUUUUUUUUCAAAUUUCCUUUAUUUAGCCAUUUUUUUUCUUUGUUACUGAAGUUACUAAAAAUACCUGAUUUCUAAUUUUUCCUUUCAUUUAGUAGUAGUAGUAGCGGCAGUGGCAGUGGUGAUGAUUUUUUUUUUUUUUUGUUAUUCAACGAUGCAGCAUUCAAGACGUUUUUGAUUUUGAUUUUGGAUUGUUAUUCAUAUCCGACACAUUCGUAAAUCAAACAUCAUAUCGAUAAUACGUCAUAUGUUUGAAGUUCAUUCACCAAUUAUUCAGUAUCGAUUGAUUACGAAUAAUAAUAAAUUAUUUCUGUUUGUGAAAAAAUUCUUGUGCUGAUUAUUUAUUCAUCCAAAUCGUACACACACACACACACACACACACACACAUAUUCUUUGUUUUCAAAUUCCUAUUAAUCAACAAUUCUUGGAUCAACAAUGCCUACCUAUGAUGAUCGUAAAAAAACUGUCAACUAUUAUGGAGUGUUUUCCCUUUGGGCAUCGCUUCUGUUGUUGGCAUCAUAUUUUUCAUUAUUCACAAGUGGUUGUAAACAAGUGGCAACAAUGGAAAUACAAAUCAGUCUGGCUGUUGCAUUUGCGUUGGGUUUGAUAAUAUUUUUAUUAAGCUUCUGCAAUAUCGCUAGCCGUUUGUAUCAUUCAAAAUUUAGUUUUUAUCUGAUUGUCAUUGCAUUAUUAGCACUGGCCACAUUAUUAUCAUAUCAAGCAUAUCAAACAUGGAAUCAUGAAUGUAAAGUUGGCCGUUAUUAUGAACGUAAUAAUCAACUAUUAUUCGAUAAUAUGACCGUAAAAAGAGAAGAAUUUGAACAAACAUUACAGUCAAUAUAUAAGAAACGUAAUAAUCAUUAUAAUGUAUCGGCAUUAUUAGAUCUCAUUGCAGCCAUACUAUUUAUGGCAUCUGCUUAUGCAUUCAGGAAUCGUUUCUGACCAACGGGUAUUCAAUUCAUCAUCAUCAUCAUCAUAUAAAUUGCCUAACAAACAUGUUCAAUAGAAUACGGAUUGGCCAGAAUAAUGAAAAAAAAAUGAUCAAAAUAUUACAAUAUUUUGUUUUUAAUCAAAUUCCCUUAUUCAUUCAUUCAUCGUUAUUUUGGAUUUCAAUUUCAAUUUCAAUUUUAUUGGUUGUUGUUUUUUUUAAAAUUUGUCUUUAGAUUCUGGCCAUAUUUCUAGUCGAAUG